AUGUCUACUGCCUCUAAAAUCACAUUUGGGACAUCAUGCCUUUUUGCAGUAUCAGCUUUUGCCUUUAUAAAUUUUAAUCAGAAGUUGGAACGAGAUGCGCUCAGACAGGGCCCCAUUAAAGACGCAGCAAGAGUGGAGGCGAAAAGACAAGAAAUGUCAAGCAAACAAAGGUCCAAUGAUUUGGAACACAAGCAACAAAUGGAACUAAAGGAGAGGUUUGAGAAGCUACAGCCUUUAAGUGGUGAAAUUAUUAUUGCUGACGAGGACACGAAGAGUUAG